AUGCCGGGAAUCCUGCGACCAGAGGUAUUUAACAUCGCCAUCAUUGGCUCGGGGCUGGGUGGCUUAUCAGCGGCCAUAGCGCUUCGACGACAGGGCCACCAAGUCACCAUUUAUGAGCGAUACGACUUUGGUGGGGAAGUUGGUGCCUCCUUGAGUGUUGCUAGCAAUGGGUCGCGGCUGCUCCAAGAAUGGGAUGUUGACAUCAAGUCCGCAAAACCAGUUGUGCUGCGCUCGUUGAUUAUGCACGAGUGGGACUCGGGCGAGGUAAAAAGCACAUAUGACCUCGGCGACUACCGAACACGUUUCGGUACCGAUUACAACAACUUCCACCGCAUCGACCUGCACAACGUGUUGAAAGAGACGGCAAUCUCACAGUCAGGGUCCGGUAAGCCAUGCAAGCUAGAGGUCUGGCACAAGGCCACGAGUAUCGAUGCCGAGAACGGCGUUAUUGCCUUUGAGAAUGGCAACACCGUCACCGCGGAUGUUAUUAUAGCUGCUGAUGGGAUUCGCUCCUUGUCCCGUGAGCAGAUCGGAGUGGUGCCGAACAUCAAAGCAUCCACGUCCUGCUGCUACCGAUGCAUCAUUUCGGCAGAUAAGCUUCGAAAGCUAGGUCUCGAGGAAUAUCUGAACAAUGAAGCCAUCGAGUUCUGGGGAGGGUAUGGCAUCAGCAAGAUCGUUCUCUCGCCUUGCUCGGACAAUAAUGUUGUGUCGUGCUACUGCUUCUACCCUGCUGAGAUGAACGACAUCAGUGAAGACGGCUGGAACCUGUCCGCGAGCCCUCAGAAGCUAGUCGAUACAUUUCCCGGACUGGACAAGAAGUUGCAGACGUUGUUCUUGAAUGCGGAGGACAUCAAGAUGUGGAGGUUGUACAACCAUGAUCCUUAUCCAUACUGGGUCCAGGGACGCGUUGCACUACUCGGCGACGCAGCACAUCCGAUGGUACCAGACCAGAGCCAAGGGGCGUGCAUGGCUAUUGAAGACGCAGGAGCCUUAGGGAUUGUCUUCAGUGACAAGUACAGCAAUCUCAGUGUCAACGAGCGGCUGAGGUUGUAUGAGAAGACUAGGAAAGAUCGAGCAACCAGGGUGCAGUCGGCGAGCGCCAGAGCGAGGACUGACCUCAGUGAGCGCAUCGGUUGGAGCAGCUCGAAAGAUCGGCCUGGCAAGCUGACGAUAGAGGAAAUCUGCGGCUACAACAUGCAUGAGCAUAUUGCGCAGCUUGCAUCCCAAUAA